AUGUCCAAACAGAUCUACCCGAAUGACAGGGACAUGUCCAACCUCCGCUUCCGCGACCUCGAUCUGACCAAGUUCUACACGCUCAUGCCGCUGGGCUCUGCCACCAUCCGGUUGGUGGUCUAUCCGGCGCAACUGGUCAAGACCCGCAUGCAAGCUGGUGCCAGCUACAAGUCGACGGCCGAUGCCUUUGCCACCAUUGUGCGGAGGGAAGGGUUCCGGGCUCUGUACUCGGGCUUCUUCACCAACUCGCUCUCCAUGAUUGUUGGGCCCAUCUAUGUCACCACUCUCGAGACUACAAGAGAAGCUGUCCUCACCGCAAACGAUGAGGCUUCGUUCAUUCCCCCGAGCCUUCUCCGCCCGGUCUCUUUCAUGAUCUCGGGCCUCGCCGCAUCGCUGGUCUCGCAGACCGUGGUUGUUCCCAUUGACAUUGUCAGCCAGCGGAUCAUGGUUGACGAGUCGCGCGCUGCCUCGCCGGUUGCUGUCGCGCGUUCUAUCGUGAAUGAUCACGGGCUUCGCGGCCUCUACCGCGGCUAUCUCUCGUCCAUCGCCACCUACGCCCCGACCUCGGCCGCCAUCUGGAGCGUGUACGCGCUCGCGCGGACGGUCCUCGACCCCGCGCCGCCGCUCAAACCAGGCGAUCCGUGGCCGCGCCACUGGCGCGAUGUGGCUGUUGUUCCGCUCAGCGGUGCCAUUGCCGGCGCCUCGGCGGCCGUGUUGACCAACCCCAUCGACGUUGUCCGCACCAACAUGCAGCUCUCGGACGCAGCCACAGUCUCGAUGCGCGAGACGGCUGCCACCCUGUUCCGUGACGCAGGCCUCGCUGGCUUUUACCGUGGCGUCCUCGCCCGCGUCCUUGCCAUGUCAGUCACCAUGACCAUGGUCCUCUCGUCGUACGAGUUGCUCAAGCGGGUCUCGGUUCGCCUCGACGACAACGACGACGCCGGCGGCGCCGACGUCAUCGCCAGCUAGCGGACGUGCCAAAGUCUGCCGAGUUGUUUAUGCCAUCACUAUGUGGGCGCUCUGCUUCACAAAAGCCAGAUGUUGUCAAACGCGACCUCGCUGGUCAGGCUGCAGCGCUCGGGGUAGUCGCCAGUCUUGCGCUCCUCCCACGUCGGCGGGUCGACGCGGCAGUUGAGGCGAGCGCCGGGCUGAACCUGGCCGUCGCCGCGGAGGUACCUGUUCUUCACCUCGUUGUUGUUGAACGACCCGCGGCGGUACUCACAGCAAAGGAGCUUGGCGGCGGCCUCGGCGACAUCGGUCGGGUAGAGGUGCCACGGGCGAACGAGCGACGCGAAGAUAGAGCCAGUGAACUUGCGGUACUCAACGCGCUCCGUGAGGCAGUUGAGCGAGGGCUUGUCCGCUGCCUGGCACGCGUAGUGGGUUCCGCCGGUGCACUUGCACUCUGCGUUAGGACCGCAAAUGGUGCUUGACACGCACUGCAAGCCGCGGACGUUC